AAAUGGCAACUUUUGUCAGAACGCAAAAAAAUUUCAGCUGCUCACCAAUCUCAUCUUCAGCUCACACUCACAGAGAGAAUAUUCCAUUUCCAAAAGCUCCAUCCUUUUUUUUGUUAGUUAGGGUUUUAACUAGCUGACCACUCCAGCUCAACUGAGAUCUGCCACUUUCUUCUUAUUUUUCUACAUAUAGUAAUCUGCUGCUGUCUUCCUUAAUCGCCGAGUUAGUGAAUAAUUUUUUAAGAAAAAUUUGGGGGUUUUGUUCUGAAACUUGUUUCCCAGCAGAUUGGAGAGUUGCGGAGUUUUUUCCUCUCCAAGUUUUGUGGUGACGUAUUGCAAGUGAUACGUCUCAGUAAAAAAUUGGGGGUUUUGAAUUUUCGUGUCGUAGAAGAAGUUUUUCCAUCUUGUUUUCGAAUUGAGAAUAAAGUGUGUUUGUAAAGCCCGAUUUUGCGGAGGUUGAUUUUGUCUGAGUAUGGGAUAUCUUUGUGAUUUCUGUGGCGAGCAAAGAUCGAUUGUGUAUUGUCGGUCCGAUGCAGCUAGUUUAUGUCUGUCCUGUGACCGCAACGUCCACUCUGCGAAUGCCCUUUCGAAACGACACUCGAGAACACUUGUUUGUGAAAGAUGCAAUUCUCAGCCAGCUUCGGUUAGAUGUAUGGAGGAGAGGGUAUCUCUUUGCCACAACUGCGAUUGGACGGGGCAUUCCAGCUCGGGCAUGAGUAGUGCACAUAAAAAGCAGAGCGUUAAUUGUUACUCUGGAUGCCCCUCGUCCACAGAGCUAUCUCAUAUUUGGUCGUUUCUCUUAGACGAUCCUUCAGCUGAGGGUUCCGCCUGCAAACAGGGGAUGGAUUCAAUGAGCAUUACUGAUAUCAAGCUAAGGGAUUGCCAAGAUAAUAAUAGUAGCAAAGGUGUUGUUACCUUGCCUUCGGAAGCCAGCAACCUUAGUAAUGUGGACAUUGAUAAAGAGGCAGAUUGGAUGGAGUUGUCAGCGUCGAUGCAGAAUGCAGGCCUGUUGGCUGGAUCUACUCACUCGCCCAUGCGCAAGGUGUAUGUACCUCGUGAAGUAGGGAUUGCUGAAUGCAAGGAUACUGAGUUCUAUGAUAACUUCAAUGUGGAUGAAAUUGACUUAGGUAUUGAGAACUAUGAUGAACUUUUUGGUGCUGCCCUGGACAAUCCUGACCGACUUUUUGACAAUGAAGACAUCGAUGGAUUGUUUGGGCCACAUGACAUGUCCUUUUCUGAUUGUCAGGCUGCUUACCCCGCUGAGGGAUCGUCUGUUGGAGGAAUUAAGAUGCAACCAGCAUGCAGCAAUGCCGCAUCUGCAGAUUCGGUUGUUAGCUGUAAGACAGAACCUAACAUAUGUUUCAUGAGGCAAGCACACUCGGGUCUCUCAUUCUCCCGCCUCACCGGAGACAGCAGUGGUGUUGACUAUCAAGACUGUGGUGCAUCGCCAUUGUUAAACUUGGGAGAUCCACCAUGGGGCCUUCCGGGUCCUGAAAGCGCGAUACCCCCCUCUUCCAGCAGGAGCGAUGCUGUCAUGCGUUACAAGGAGAAGAAGAAGACACGAAAAUUCGAGAAGAAAGUAAGGUAUGAAACCCGCAAGGCCAGAGCCGAUGUAAGGAGGCGCGUGAAGGGGCGCUUCAUCAAGGCCGGUGAUGCCUAUGAUUACGACCCGUUGUGCAAAAGCAGAAGCUGCUGAGUAUAAUAAACCUCCCGCGAGAUCAACUAAGUUACUGCACGAAAUCAUCAAAAAGAAUAUGCACGAAUCCGCCCUUUGCAGUGACAAAUGAUCUUGCAAAUAAAGCCUGAUGGAGAGGAACCGUCGUAUCAGAAUUCAGAAACGAGGUUUACCAAGCCACGCUGAGAGAUAACUCCGACCAUCAUCGGAAAAGAUAUUCCCAUUGGCGGAGGCAGCCGCAGCUUUACUAAAUUUGUUAAUACUAUUAUGUUAGUUACAUAUAUAUACACUCUGAUUUAGUCUUGUUUGAUUGGUGUGGGGAACAUGUAUAGAGCAUAAGUCUCCCAUUCACACUGUCUUAGCAGAUUUAUUGCAUCAAACUGUAUUUAAUGUGUUUGUUGAUAUCUUGGCCGAUGAGAUCUUA